AUGGCGUCUCCAGAGGUGACCCUCCUCCUCAUCGGGCCCACCGGAUCAGGGAAGUCCGCUUUCGUUAAGGAAGUAGCCGGCCUCGGCGGCAACGAUAUCCAAGUCGGGCAUGGGCCAAACCCCUGUACCUCACGUUGCAAGGUCUACAGGGUCCCGUUAUACGGGACCACAUUCGCUCUCAUAGACACUCCCGGCUUGGAAGACGUGGCAGGCGCGAGUCGAAACCUCGGGGUUCUCCAGGAGAUCGUAAACCAGCUUAAAGGCCUCGGAAACGAUGCCAAGGUUACCGGCGCUAUAUACUUCCACAAAAUCACCGACAAGCGUUUUACGGGGACAAGCAAGUUCAACUUCGACAUCUUCAAAGCAAUAUGCGGCGAGGCAUUUUACCCGCGCAUGGCCUGCGUCACCACUAUGUGGAAUCACAUCCGAGCCGAGAAAAUGAUGCAAUACGAGAAUUUCGGCGAAGAGCUGAGGGAGAAUUCUCUGAAAUUCAACGGGAACAGUGUGGCCGUCUUUGACCUCCGAGGAGGCGACCCAGACGUGUAUUUUGAAGUCCUCCGCCACUUUGCCCGCUUUGGCCGCGGUAGUCACCGCCCGCUUCAGCUAGAACAGGAGGCACGCGAUCCGAAGCGAAAGGGGGUUAAGAAAACGAUGGCGGGCAGAGAGGUAAUGAAGAAGGUGAACACCGGGUUUUGUGUAAUUCUAUAA